AUAAUAUUUAAAAGGUGUAGGUUAAUUAGGAACAAAAUGUUGAUGUCAAUUUUCCCUAUUUGUGUUUUGGCAAUUGCUGUUGUUCAAGUGACGGCCCAAGAUAGUCGAUGCAUGGAUAGCUCUGGUAAUGGAAUCAGCACCAUUCCAUUUGAAAAGCCCGGCGACUGCGCGAACUUUUAUCAAUGUGAUAACGGACGACUUCUAACAAGACCAUGCGGUGUAGGAACUGUAUUUAAUCCAGUUCAUCUAGUGUGUGACUGGCCACGUAAUGUUGUUGGCUGCGAUGGUUCGAACCCAGUACGCCAAACAACAACUGGAGCAACUACAACAGGUGUUGUAUCAACGACUACAAGUACUGGUGCGAGUACCACCACAUCUGUACCAGUUACAAAUGCACCAACGACUACAAUUACAGCGCCAACUACCACAAAUUCACCUGACUCCUGCCGCAAUGCCGCUGGCAACCCAAUCAGUUCCAUUCCGUUUCCAAAACCUGGCGACUGUCACAACUAUUACCAAUGUGAUAACGGACGACUUCUAACAAGACCAUGCGGUGUAGGAACUGUAUUUAAUCCAGUUCAUCUAGUGUGUGACUGGCCACGUAAUGUUGUUGGCUGUAAUGGUUCGAUUCCACCACCAACAACAACAGAAACUACAACAACAAUGGACCCUAUGACGUCGACACAGGGCCCUGUGACGUCACCACCGCCAACAGUUAUGCCCACUGCAAAUCCAAACGUGCCGGUCAUCCUCUGUCCAGAAGUUAACGACGCAUCAGGUUGUAGUUUAAGGUCAAGCUUUAUUUGCGAGUUCAUCAAAUGGAGAGUCGGCGUGAAUGUUUGGCUCAAGAAGUUUCAGGAAUGGGGGGCUCAGAACGGCGUCCAAAUCAAUUCACCCUCCCUAGUCUGCCCUGACUUGAACAUACAGUGUAAGAACCCACAGCAGCUGAGGCAAUUCAAAGAUAUGAACAACUGUUUGGUUGCUUACUGCGAGGAUGGUUUAUACUUAUCCGGGCCCGAUGCUCAAACCUGGAGAACCCACUUUGCAAACUGGAGGAAGAUUUACGCUUCUUGGACCGCUGCGCAAUGCAAUGCUCAAUAAUCAGAUUAUGCAUGUCUUCCUAUAUCCCUAACUUCACAAUUUAACAAUAUUAACCUUAUAUUUUAAAACUCUCAUUUAUUUUUUUUCUACUUUUUAGUUUAAUUUAACAUAAAACUUAGAUUUGCCAAUUUAGCAAUAUUAACUAUAUAGGCAAAUUCACAUUAAAUUCCACUUUUUGUACUUUUUACUGUUCAAUUUUUUCAGUACACCCAGAAUUUCCACUUUUCCAUAAAGUCGAUCUUCUAUUAUUUUUGUAGUAAAAUCAAAGUGAUGGGAA